AUGCUGCUUGCAGAAUGUACCGAAUACUGGCACUUCAUUCUGUGCCUGUCAAUCCUCGGGGGACUUUCCUCUGCCGUGAUUACAACGGUGUCUAUUGCUGUUCUGAGUCACUGGUUCCAACGUCGACGCGCGUUAGCCUCAGGCCUCUGUAUGGCAGGUUCUUCUGCAGGCGGUGCCGUCAUACCACUGAUACUGCAGGCGCUAUUUGCGCGAAAGGGCUGGAAAUUUGCUAUUCGGACCAUCGCUUUUGUUGCACUAGGUUGCUAUAUUUUAGGAGUCAUUAUGGUGCGCGGACGACUCCCCGGCCGCUCCAGUAAAGCCACUAUCGACUUUCGCGCUUUCCGAUCAUUGCGCCUAUGCUUUUUGACUGUGGCCGUGUUUUCAUUUGAGUUCAUCAUAUUCGGAUGUGCCGCUCUGCUACCGACAUACGUUCGUUUUGCCGGCAUGUCGACUACCGUACAAUUCUAUUCACUCACUGUUCUGAACAGCAUGAGUUUCAUGGGAAGAGUUCUACCCGGAUUUGCGGCCGAUCAAUUUGGUAGAUUUAACGUUCUGCUGUGUUUGGUUGUGAUGACCUUGAUUGUCAUGGCGGCUGUGUGGCUGCCGUGGGGAUCGCAUAAUGAUGCUACUAUCUAUGCCGUUGUGGCUAUCUUUGGCUUUAGCUCCGGUGGAUGGCUAUCGCUGGCACCAGUCUGUGCAGGACAGCUCUGUCGUACUGAAGAUUACGGGAGAUACUAUGGCACAAUCUACUUUGUGGCUGCGUUCGGGGUGCUUUUGACUGUUCCGGUGGGAGGUGAUCUGCUUCAGUCGACCUCACCGCAGGUUCUUAUUGGGUUCUAUUCGGCUGUACUGUUAGUUGGAUUUAUUGCUCUGGCACUGUCACGGUGGGCACUUUUGGACUGGCAUUGGAAAUGGAAGGUAAAAUUGUAG